AUGGUAGAGCUCCUCGGCCCUCUCCCUGCUCGCCCACCAACUCCUCCCAGGCCAGGUUUCCGAAUCGAUCAGCACGACGCUCAAUCUCCGCAUAUCCUCCAGACCCCGGGAGCUUCGUCGCAGACGGCGGAUGCUUCCAGGGCGCCGCCUUCAAGUCACGGUUCCAAACGAGUGAACUUCUCGCCAUGGCUGUAUACCGUCAUCGGCGAAGUCAGACCAUACAAAUCGAUUCUCAAGGAGACAAGCUCCCCGAUUCCAGUGUGGUCCCCAAAUGUCAAUAAAUACACAACCGAAUCAUUCGACAUGCUGCUAGAGUCGGUGGUUCAGCAGUUGGCUGGAGAGUCCGUCUCUUCGCGCCUCGACGCAUACAUCAACUUCUUCGGAGCAUUGCGGACAUAUGAUGGAUUGGUGGGCGGUAAGGAAAUUGGGGAGAAGCUCGGCUUGAUUACGGAUUUUAUCCAACGCGAUGUGACUCGCGACCUGGUCAACGGGACACCUUUGGAUACGAGUCUGGCGAAUCAAGCAUUGAAACUCACCGCUGCAUUUAUAUGGCAACCGGAAAUUUCAACGCAGCUCUCGGAUGAUUUCAAAGUGUUUCUGGUGGAUCACGCGAUCACCUCUCUCCAAGAGACCAAGGGUGCCAAGUCCGUCCUGACGCACUACUUGUCGAUUCUCUCUACACAGAAUUUCAGCCCGAAGAUCAUGACGACCACUCGAGUCACUCGCCUUCUUACAGCGCUACAAGAUCUCACUAAGCAUGUCACGGGCAAAGCCAUCUCCUACCAUCGAUUGAGCAUCUAUCAGCGACUCCUCUCCCAAUCCAAGUCAACCUUCCUCUCUCAAUCAUCAUUAUGGAUAGAACACCUCGUUUUCGGUUUGCUUCACUCCCACAAAGAUACCCGGACAAGAGCCAUCUCUCUCGGAUUCCAAAUCUCCGUCGCUGCGGGACCGACCCCUGCGCUGUCGAACAAUCUUCGGGUACUGUUUGACCGACCAUUGGAGGGCGAUCGAAAGCUAGUAACAGAGGUUCGAGAGCGAAUGUCACGAAUGGUGGGAAAUAUUGAGACAGGCAUGCAUGUGCCGCAGAUUUGGAGUAUUGUGGUUCUCCUAUUGCGAAGCAAGAAAUGGAGUCUCGACCAGUGGGAACACUUCAGAGAAUGGGUGCUUGUUCUUCAGAAGUGUUUCAACUGCAGCGAGCCUGCUAUCAAAGCUCAGGCCAUUGCAGGCUGGAACCGGUUUAUCUAUGCCAUGAGCCCCAACGAAUCCACCAGUCGGUCAAUUCUCAAAAUGCUAGGCAAGCCAGUGUUCUCGCAAUUUGAGCGAAAGAGGUCCGACCGAGCAGCGUCACCGCCGUCUCAACUUGCACUGAGCAGCUAUAACCACUUGCUUUAUUACGCCUUUCGUCCAUCGCUUCCUUAUCACCAUGUCGAUACUAUUUGGGAGGAAUACGUCGCAGCGCCGGCCGCAUCAACUUUCUCUGCUUUCCCAGCCCUGAGCGAUAGCGCAGCGCUUGUAUUGGCGAACUUGCUAUGGUGCCCACAAGCAAAGAUCUGGACCGAGACUCGAAUCACCGACAAUGCCAAGAUGGAGGUCGAGGAACUCCCAUCGGUCGAACCCCGAUGGGUUCGUUCAAAAAUCUCUUCGGUCUUGGGAGUUUUCGAGUCCCUUUUGAAAUCUUCGGUCUGGAAUCAAGAACAAAUCGAAAAGUCGAAUAUCGCCCUCGCCUGGAAUGGUAUGGCGAGUGCCCUUUCGCUUGCCUCAAACAAAGAAAUCACCCCCUCGGGAGAAUCUAUGCAGGCUGUGGCUAGUGUUCUCAGUUUGCUACAUCGUCUCUGGGCUACAGGACCGUCUUCCUUGAAUGCCACUGGAGAGCAAGGUGAGGAGUCUUUCUUCGAAAGAUUUCAGUUCUUGUCGACGACCAUGAUUCUCUCUCUUGGAGGGGUGCCAUUCACCGAAAAGCUCAUGCUGAAGAUUGGGGAUGGAGCUUUCCAGACGUCUAAUACCCCAACACAUCGCCCUUCAGCUUCAGGCUCCAAUCUAGAUAGCCCUAUUUUACAUCUUCUACGCACAAUCAGCAAGGGUUCCGUGAUAUCCUCGCCAACCCCCUCAUUCACUAAACUCGUCGAUGGAUUGAUCACAGCAUCCUGUAAUGGAAGAAUAUCCCGGGGAUCUCGUCUCGAACUUCUACACCAGUGUUCCGAGUUGAGUUUUACGGAAAUGAGGUCUUCCUCCAGUCUGCCCCAUCUUUUGGAAGCUGUUUGGGAAGGAGCAGCACGGGCAGCAGCAGAUGCAUUGCAAUCGUUCCCUCUUGAGUCUGCACGAGAACGCGACGGCUCUGUGUCUCGGGACUACGAGAUUAUCACUAAGAUCCUUGCUGCUGGCGUGUCCUUCCCGGGUACAUCCCAAGAGUGGUCGCGACUACUUGACGCAUAUGUGCGAGUGGUGAGAACGGAGAAAGGGGAUCGGGUCCUGACCGGUCUAGUUGUAGAACCCAUUGCUGAGAGUCUGUCUUCGAUCUCGGUUCAUGACACGUAUCUUCCUACAAACGCACUUCUUGGCCAUUGUCUUUCUAUCCCAUUUGCGCCGGAGGCCGGUCUGGGAAUCGACAACCCAGUCUCUCAGCAAGUCGCACCACCAGGAUUCCCUCAUACGCUCCUGAAGACUAUUGGGCGAAGCUUGGAUUUAGGCUACCACAGCAUUGAUGCCUCACACACAACUCAUCUUUCGGCCUUCAUCGAAUCCUUGACUUCUUUUCUGGGCUCUGGCACGCCGUCCUUCCGCUCUCAGGCGCUCGAAACUCUCCAGGCACCACUGGCACUGUGGAUCCAAGACACUGAAUGCAAAGUUGAUGUCACUCGUGGGGUGGAUAGUCGUGCUAUUACUGCAUGCCGCUCGCUUUCUUCUGCCGUUCUCAACAUUUUGCAAACCGCUGUUGUUGACGAGUUGCCGUCUUUACAAAAAUUCGCCACUGUCAUCUGUGCUGGUUUAGAAUCGCCUCACAUCUCGAGGGCCAAGAGAUUCGUCGAUUUCUGGAAGUCGACCAAGACAGCCUCGGAUACUCUUAUUGCCUCCACUCCAAUGGGUCAAGCAUUGUCAACUGCGACCGCCAGGCUUUCUGCCCUGGUUCAGUUGCCGCAAACUGCAGUGCAGGAGGCCAAGUCGGUGACGUCGAGCUCGCCCAAGCUACCCAACCAGCGAGUGAACCGGUCAAAUCCUACGAAAUCCAUUGAAAAUAGCAACAUCGCCUUCAACUCAUCACCCAUCAUAGGCACGAAUACCCCGGCUCUUCCUGACCCUACAGAGCUUGGUGAACCUCAACUGCCCACGAACGCCGAGGCAGCAGCGCCUGAAGUGCCAGCCGCCUUCCAGAAGAGUCGACACGAAAUGUUCCGAAUGAUCGAAUCUAUUAGAUCCUCCUCGCCAGCGAACACCCCUGGUAAACUGGGCUUCGAUACACCUGUUCACCUACGCCGACUCCACGCUCAGUCUGGCAUUCCCUUGACUCCCACCUUGGCGCCGACUGAAAACGAGGAAGGAUUCAUAGGAUCAUCUCCUACCCCAGCAACUAGGGAUUUGACCCCCGCCACGAAUUUGGAGGCUCCGGGAGGGAAGUUUGAGGACAUCACCAUGGACGAUGCGGCAGAUCUACCUUCUUCGCCCCCCGAGUUCACUUCCCGAAGCCCCAGCCCUAAGAAGAUGUCUAGCUCUUCUCGACGGGCUAGACGAAGGAAGCUGCUUCAAUCGAGUGUUGCUGAUGAGGCCAAGAAAAAGGCACUCACGCCUCAGGUGGACGAACGGCCUCCCAGUCGUCGCACUCGAUCAGCGCUGACCCAAAGCACUGAAAACGAUCCGAAUGUCGAUGCUGUUCCUGCUUUGACUACGCAGUCAGAUACUCCCGCGAAGACGACGGAUAAGUUGUCAGCUCCCCACAGUGCAAAGUCAAAAUCAUCGUCUAAAAAACGAAAGAGAAAGGGGUCGUCGAAGUCAGCAACUGGCACUCCUCAAGUGCCGUCCACUCCGGUCGCCGUGGAGUACUUUGUUGACUCGUCAAGCGAGGAUGUGGAGUCGCAAAUCGCAUCUCAGCUCGAGCAGGAUCUGGAGUUAGCUGUUGACAUGAUUGGCAAUGGUCACUUGCAAUCCGCCCCUGUCGCUGAGCUCUCACAGCCAGCCACAAAGAAGAGAAAGCGCGAAGAAGACAACGUUCAAUCUACUUCUCAGGAUAGACGGCGAUCGACUCGUCUCUCAACCACAAAGGACCUCGGCAUCACCGAAGUUGAUGAGACGCACGCUGCCCAGUCUCAAGGUGCAACAAUCUCUCAACCUUCCCAGGAUGUCUCUUCUUCCAAUCUGUCGCCUACAAUUACGCGAAGAUCGACUCGGAGUUCGCAAAAGAAAGAGGACGAGCUUGUCAUCGCUGACUCGCUUCCCAACACUCAGGUUCCGGAAACUAUCCAAGAAGACCCGACCAAUGAUCCAGAGCCUUCUCAGCGACCAAACAAGAGAUCGCGCAAAUCAUUGCGACUCGAGGAUCAGCCUGCUGCUCCUGUGGAAGAACAGAGCUCGACGCGUUCCAAAUCUUCCCGCAGCUCCCGCUCUCGCAAGUCACGGCCAUCCCGCAAAGAAGCAGAAACACAGCCUCGUGCUCCUCAAGAACAACAAUCCGAAGUGGAAGCAGCAACCGUGGAGCCCGAGCUGGUCCCCUCCUCGAACGAUGUUCAGGGCCGCGGCCCAGAAAGUGUUGCUCUUCACGGACCAGUCGAGUCGCACAUUCCCCUCGUCUCCACAGAGGAGGCAACCGACUCUCAAAUGACCGAUGUGGUCCCGUCCACCGCACCCGUGCCUGAUGGCAGCAACAUACAACAAAACAUGGAUGUGGACAUGGUUCCAGACCAGCCAUCGGCAACCGUGGCGGGUCUAGUCUUAGACGUUGCCACCGCCGAAAUCCAGACGGAACCUGUCCCUCCCAACCUUGAGCCAGACUUUAGCGAGGCAGGCAUCUCUCGAUCUCUGACAAAACUCCUAGCCGAAAUCAAGUCCGCAAAAUUGGGGCCAAAUGCCCUUCGCGAGGUCGACGACCUCCUUUUCAAUAUCCGCGUUGAAGCGCAUGAGGCGUCUCGGCGACACAGCAAUUCUGCAUAG